AUGGCUGCGGUUGCUGCGAUGGCCGCGGUGGCGAAGUCCCAGUUCCCGGGGACCUUCAACACCCUGGACGUGUCGUUCCGGCCGCCGCCCGGCGAACAGCGCCUCAGGGAGAGUAGCAGCGGCGUCGUCGUGGUGGUAGAGCCCCUCCCCCCUCCCGAGCGACCCGCCGAGGAGCCGCGGGAGUGCGCUCCUCCGGGGCCGGACCCCGAGGAGGAGGAGACAGACGCCAAGCCGGCCGGGUACCACGACCACGGCGACGACGACACCCCGGAGCCCUGCUACGACGUGGGCGCCGUAAAGCUGCGCCACCUCAAGGACAUCGUCGAGAAGGUGGUGAAGGAACACAAGACUUUCUGCGUGGAAGGUGCCUAUAACCAUAUACGCAAUGCAAUGAAGAAAAGAGGCUGGCUGGAAAAAAGCGAGCAAGUAUGGCCAUCCAAAAGAUUGAAAGAAAAUACCUCAGGAUUGCAGUCUCCAAAGGACAAGAAUCCGGCGUUAAUAUCGCGCAUGCUGCGCAACAUCCAGGUGGACUUCCUGUGGACGUCACGAGCCUACAGCAGCCACUGGUACGACUUCCGGAGACGGCAGAUCGUGAGCAGGUUCCCCAGGACAGGCUUCAACACAAAGGUGGGACUGUGCAGCUCUCUGCAGCAGCAACACUGGUACUACGAAGAAGGUGUUUCCAACACACUGUUCCCACGGUGCUACAACAUCUACAACACAGAAGAGUUGGAAGCCUUCAAAGAUGACUUCCACAUGACAGCUAGCAUCAGUCUCCUCAAGUGGCUGGUCGACAACUACGAAAACAAGAAAGAUAAGGCCGUGUCUUCUACAGACGGAAAGAUCCCGGUAGCGGCCGUGGAAUUCGCCAUCUCCCGGUGCGACGAGUACGUCAGCGUGCAGACCCACGAGGACCUUGACCACGAGGUGUGCGGGCAGACGUGGGACCACCAGUGGGACCAGUUCCUCACGUGGUACUACAUGGCCGUGCACAAGAACGAGCGGCUCGCGCAGGCGCCGGAACCCUCGAUGCUGCUGCUGUACAACCUGGCGGUCCACACCCUGGAGAAGGUGCAGAAGCACUGGUCGCAGAUGCACCUGGACGGGAUGCUGAACGUGUGGAUCGUGAAGCCGGGCGCCAACUCGCGGGGGCGCGGCAUCCAGCUGAUGAACCGCAUGGAGAAGGUCCUGGCCAAAGUGAACCCGGCCUUCGUCAAGGAGACCAGAUACGUCGUGCAGAAGUACAUCGAACGUCCGCUGUUAAUCUACAACACAAAGUUUGACAUUCGCCAGUGGUUCCUGGUCACAUGUGUACAGCCAAUGACCAUUUGGAUGUACAGGGAGAGCUACCUGCGGUUCUGCUCCCAGUGCUUCGACCUGCUCAACUUCCACGAGUCGGUCCACCUGUGCAACAACGCGGUGCAGCGCAAGUACAGGAACGGGGUCCGGGACCCCAAGCUGCCCGACGAGAACAUGUGGGACUGCUACACCUUCCAGGCGUACCUCAGGACCUUGGGCAAGGCAGAGAUGUGGAGCCAGCGCAUCUACCCGGGCAUGUGCCAGGGCAUCGUGGGCGCCCUGCUGGCGUCCCAGGAGAACAUCGACGGCAAGAGCAACUGCUUCGAGCUGUUCGGGGCCGACUUCAUCCUGGACGAGGCGUUCACGCCGUGGCUCAUCGAGAUCAACUCCUGCCCGAGCAUGUGCGAGUCGACCAGCGUGACGGCCCGCAUGUGCCCCCAGUGCCUCGAGGACGUCAUCAAAGUUCACCAGUUUCCUGCCUGGCCAGUGUUCCGAAGGCUGUUUAACGGCAAAGUAACACAAAGAAAAAGUGGUGGUAGACAGACGGUCGAACAGGAAGGCAGACACUGGCAUGUUCGAGCUCAUAUUCAAACAGCACCUCCCUCCCGCUCCUCCGUACCUUGGCGUCUCUCUGUCCAUUCGAGGUCAGAGGGUGAGCAAGACAGACAUGGCGAAAAUAGAUGAAGCCGUCAAAAAGAAAUCUAUGAAAGUGGAAGCUAUCCUGAAAUCAGAAGAUUCCUUUGGUCCAUCUGCCACUACAGAUAACAUAAAAAAA